AUGAACAACAACCGAACGUGGCAGGCCACGCCUGUUCACAAUGCCAAAUACUUUUUCGCCUCGCCCACCUACAACAAAUGGGUGAAGCUAACAGCCGCCGACAUCCACGGCCUACGUGAAGUACCCGGUUUCGAAGGUCAAAAGAUCUACUUCCACCUCAAUCACCCCAUCCGCUUCGUCUACCUCGUCGCCCCCAUCGUCGCAAUUCAAGACAUCCCAAACACAAAAUUCUUCAUCUUGACCUUGGACGACAGCAGCAAUGCCUGCAUCGACGUCAAGAUCGAGCGCGGAGACCCUGCCAAAGUCGACGCAGACAGCACUUCGAACACCACUGUCCCAAACUUAGACAUCAAUACUGCUCUUGGCUAUGACAGCGAAAUCAAGAUUGAUGGCCAGAGAGUAGAUAUCGGGACUGUGGUCAAGGCGAAGUGCACAAUUGGGAGUUUCAGGGGUGUCAAGCAAUUGGAAUUGAAGAGGUGUGGUGUUAUCAAAGAUACUACGGAGGAAGUUGCCGCUUGGGAAAGCAUGGCAGAGUUCAAGAGGGAUGUGCUCGCUGGCCCCUGGGUGCUGGACGCUGCUGAUCAAGCUGCGUUGGAUCUACAGAUCCAGCAAGAAGCCUUGAAAGAGCAAGAAGAGGAGAAGAGAGAAAGACGCAGUCAGAGGGCUCGCCAGAAGCGGGAAGAACAGCGAGUCGAGAGAAGAAAGCUCCGAGAGGAAGAGAAGGAACGGAGAAGGCUAGCCCUUGAGAGGAAAUACAACCAAGGUGCUUUGAUCUGA